GUUCGACUGUCGCGUGGGUUCGCUCCUUACGCUGGUCAGGUGGUCGUUUUCCAUCAAGGGGUCUGGAGCACAGUUUGCGACGACGCCUGGGACGAGAGCGAUGCUUUUGUUGUAUGCCGAGAGUUAGGUUAUCCCAACGUUACCUUGGUAACAAGAGGAUCUUUCUUUGGUCAAGCGGGGACGAUAAAUUUUGAAAAGGUUCGUUGUAAUGGAAACGAGACAAGACUGGGUCAGUGUUACCACAAAACCUCGACACCACAGUCAAACUGUAAAACUGGAUGGAGAAGGGAAGCAGGAGUGAUAUGCGAGCCCGCUAAGAAUGCGGAUCCCAGAGGUAGUGUGAUUUUUGAUCGCAGAAUUAACUUUCAUAGGAAAUACGGCAUUUUAAUUGAAUGUAGUGAGACCAUUUCAAGGUAUUGACAAGGGUUAAUCAGAACAGUGACAAUAUAGAGAGGCCUAUGAGAACUAGAAAGGAACAAAAAUAACAAGCGGGCUGUUCCCGUUAUUUAAAGGAGAUCUCAAAUGUCCUUCUCGCGAUCGGUUUCAAGUUUGUGUCUACGAAUAAUUGAUUGGGUGGCUUAGGAGAUUUCUAGACCAUUCACACACAGAAGUAUAUAAAAAUAGAUGGAAACUCAAAUCAAUCUUAAGCUCAAUUGAAAAUUGUCCUUUCAAUACCAUGUGAUGUUUCUACUGUAAUUAAGUUGUUAAGUUUAUUGUAGAAGGUGCAAUACCGUGAUCCAAAGAGGGAAUCUGUUUUUUUUUCUUGUCAGAUCUCCCUAGAGUCCGCCUGUCAAAUCUAACCAACUCGGAGGGCUCAGGACUAGUGGAGGUGUUCAUGCAUGGUCAGUGGGGAAGAGUGUGCGAUUACUCUUGGGAUUUUGAUGAUGCCUCAGUCGUCUGUCGUCAGCUUGGGUAUCCUGGUGCGGAACAUUCCACCUGCUGUGGCAUGUACUUCGGGAAGGGUACAGGACCUCCUCUUAUGGCUCGUGUGGACUGUUCAGGAACAGAAGCAUCGAUAUUUCAUUGCAGUCACGUGGGGAAGGACGAUGCAAGGUGCUCUAGACGUUCCAGUGCUGGAGUUGUAUGUAAACUGAAUAAACCAAAUGGUGAGUAAUAGUCAUUUAAUUAACAAUGAAACAAAAUAAGACAAGAGAGGGAUCUAGAAAGUGUUAAUCUAUUAACCCUUCCUCAAGAUUUUCCUUCGAUGCUGGCAAUCAAGAGAGGAUGAAGGUUCACGCUCUCGUGCUGUUAGACAUUUUUUGGUCGCUCUAGGGAGCGAUAAAGUUAAUUAAAGUCAAGUCGUGUAAGCCUAAUGUUUCAUAGCUCUUGCGACUCACCCGGGUCUAAAGUAUACUGUAAGAAAAGAGAGAAUAAUGGGACACAUAAUACUCAAGUCCCAGAAAACCAAAGUCUGCUCAGGGGUGCACAGCUGAUGAGGCCAAUAUUUAAGGUCAUUUAUUCAUCACAUCACGGGUUUAUUUGGAGCCAAUAUAGUCGGUAGAGUGCUACACCGGUAUCGCAGAGGUCAUGGGUUCAAAUCACGCAUAGGCCUAAUUUUUUUUAGGCCUUAUUUGCACUACUGUUUAGGUAGUGUUCAUUACUGCAAAGAUCGGUUCCAUUCUUCGGUUCGAUUCACUUCUAUUUACUCUCCUCUGAAGCUUGCUGUUCGUCCGUUUCUUCCUGCUAUUAUUUAUAGUUUUCAUAUAAAGCCCUUAGUUGUACUCCUCAACCAAAGGUCCUGGAAUUACUUUAAUUUCUUUUCCCUUUUACAUUGUCAGUUCGCCUGGUUGGUUCUCAUCUCGCACAUGCGGGUUUUGCGCAAAUUCGUCACAAUGGUCGCUGGGGAUCUUUCUGUGAUUGGGACUGGGGACUAGAACAAGGUCAUGUUAUUUGCCGUGAAUUGGGUUAUCGAAGAGCUCUCUUUACAACCCUUGGAGGCGUGUUUGAAAGACAGUCAGGUCCAAUCUGGAUAGAGGAGGCACAGUGUCACGGAAAUGAAUCAUCCAUCUUUAAAUGCGAUUUAACGUACAUCCGGGAUAUGGACGAAGUGUAUGGCUGUGAUCAUAGUCACGAUGGAGGUGUCAUCUGUGAGUCCGAAAAAGAAUCAGGAUCUAACGGUAUGUUGGCUCAAAUACAGGAAACGAAAUAAACAUGGGCCUCUUGGUUAUUAGAUGAUUCGCCCCAAUGCAAGUUCGCCCCACCUUAUACGAGCUCGCCCCAGCGCAACGAGUCAACUUUAAGUCAAAAAGAAGGACACUUUACUGGAAAUAUUUGACGUGGCGUGGUGCAGGAGUGAGCUCAACAUUUUCCAUUUCACAGGCGCUUUUAUAUGAAUCACACAGCGUCUAAAAUAGAGAGAAUAUCGGAGUAUUUUAUCCCCCCUCCCCCCCUCUCUCUCUUUCUUAGCUUCCUUCCCUUUUAUUCAACAGAAACAGCUGCAGUCAGAUUACAAGGUGGUAAUUCUACUUACAUGGGAGGGGUGGAAAUCCAGCGGCAUGAAAUCUGGCACUCUGUUUGCAGUAUUGCCUGGGAUAAACAUGACGCUGAUGUUGUUUGUCGUCAGUUGGGAUUCCCAGAGGCUGUGGUGGAACUUGCCCAUGGUCAGUUUGGUUCCAAACCUGGACCUAUGUGGUUGACGAGUGUGCAUUGCCAUGGAAACGAGACCUCACUGGACCAAUGUGUGAGCGCUGGAUGGGAGAUUAAAAAAGAUUGCGGAGAGAGAUAUGGCGCAGGGGUGAUAUGUAAAACGGAAAACGUUACCGGAGGUAUAUAAAGUGACCAUAAGAAAUUAGUGUUUAACACGAAAACAAAACCAAAAAAAGAAAAUUACGUGACAAGUGAAAAAUAUUCAAGGCGCAUAACGCAGUAACAACUAGCAAUGCAAGCACAAGCAAGCACAAGCACAAGCACAAGCACAAGCACAAGCACAAGCACAAACGCAAAGGUAACAGCACUUACUUUACCGUGGAAACGGGCUCGACGAUAGCACAAACACAACGAUAAGAAUUUUUCCUUUGUCUCGUGCUUGAGUUUGUGCUUGCGUAAAAGCUGUUUUUACCAUAAAAUAGGAGAUAUUAUGCUUGCGUUUUUGCUUGCGCUUGUGAAAACCAGGCUUAAGAGUCACAUUAUGAAUAAAAGUAUACUAUUUUGGCCGAGGUUCAAGUAGAAGAGAUAAUCACCUACUGAAGUAAAAUAUUUGAUCUUUCCUUUCAGACGGUGAAAUAAGACUUUGCGGAUCAAGUGAAGUAAACGAGGGUCGAGUGGAGAUUAAAUUGGGAGGAAUCUGGGGCACAGUAUCAGACUUGGAGUGGGAUCUUCGUGAAGGUCACGUGGUAUGUCGUCAGCUAGGAUACCGUCAGGCCGUGCGCGUGUACUCGCAUUCAAGGUGAUAUAUGAUUAAGUUUCAUGGCAAACAAGGUCGCAUGUGCAAUGUAACAUAUGUUUUUAAUUAUCUGUUUUCCCACAGGUAUGGCUCUGUGGAUAAGAAGAUUUUGCUCAGCAACCUGGACUGUACUGGAGAAGAGGAUAGCCUCUUGGGUUGCCAUCGCGAGUUGAAUUUCAGGCUUUACUCGCCAGGCGAUAAUGCGGGGGUACAAUGCACGAAUGAUACUAAUUAUAAAAGUGGUGAGUAGUUAACUGUGGACAAGCUUACUUUCUCCCACCCAUUCCUUCACCUCCACCCAAAACAGUUCUUCCCGAUAAAUAAUAGAGUUUCGCGACUGCAAGGAUCGGCACAAAAAGGGCAGAUUGUGAUCUGACUUUGAAUGAGGUAAAGCCUUUAAAGUGAGGUUAUCUUUUCUCAGAGGCACUGAACCAGGGUGAUAUUAGAUUAAAGGUUAUACUCGCAAUCUGGAUUCCGCAACGCAUGCCUUUUUUCUAAAGAAGUAAAUGGGGUAAAAAAUUUCUAAAGGAACUGUGGUGCUAAGUCGGCGGGGGGAAGGGUAGAACAAGACAACUUGUGAUGUAAAUUGGUCACCGUCUAAAUUGGUCAUAAGGCUUUUGUCAGAGCAAAUAGCUACAGUAAUUUUUAAAUUGCAAACGGUUUAAGGAAUCAAGAGAGAAUCCAGAAAUGGCCAAUCUCUUAACUCCGAAUUUUCCAUUCCCCUCGAAAGCACUUGGGCAUCUUGGAAUGUUAAUGCACCGCUAUUCAAAUCAAUAAAUGGCUCGUGAGGAAUUUUACCAGAUCAAGGCGUACAUGAGGGAAUCUUGAUCUCAAUCUGACUCUCCCUUUGAUUUUCUCUUGCCUUGGGCAAUUUCAACUGAAGGAUUUGACAUUUAACUUGUGUUUUAACAGAUGUUGAGGUUCGUUUGUCUGGAGCAGACACGCCUAACUAUGGUCACGUGCAAGUUAAGUUUAAUGGUACCUGGGGCACCAUCUGCACCAUGCGUGAUCUACCUUACCCGUCGGCGGAGGUGAUAUGUCGUCAGUUGGGUUUAGGACCUGCGCUAAAACAAACAUUUAUGAAUGAUGAAUGCACCGCAGUGAGAGAAGGCGCCGAGACUGUUUGGCUGUCUAGCUUGAAUUGUCAAGGAUUUGAAGAUUCUGUUGAUCAAUGUCCUCACAGAGGAUGGGGUAAACUUGACCCUGAGUACUGUCUAGGUUGCACACCUAAGCAUUGCAGUGCCUGUUUGAUAUGUCAGCCGGUGACCACUAAUACUACAGGUAAAGUGGAACGGUCGUUAAUUUUAUUGGCGUUGUUGUUGUUUUUUCAUUCCCCUCUGCCCAAGCGUAUUUGGGUAAGUGAUCGCCGAUCACUUCACUGGAUGUGUCAGCCCACACCGUUCGCACCAUCCGUGAUCGAUCGCACCCUCAAUUAAGAAAAAAAUCCUGUUUUGGAACGAAGCAACAAGGGGCAAUUAACAAAUGAAUGCAAAAGAUAUUACACGUAUACACAUGAAAAGUAAUUUUUCACUCUCAAAAGCGAUAUUCAGAAUCCUUUUAUUGCUCCACAUUUUGAUCAGUAAGAUAAAUUGAAUGCACUAAUAGUAUCAUCGCACAAUCUCUAGACAUAUCACUGCGCAUGGCCGGUUCCAAUCUUCCCCACGCGGGCCGUGUCGAGGUCCAGUACGCUGGAGUUUGGGGCGUGAUAUGUCCACGCUUUAUGAGUGGCACUGUAUUUAAAGUAAUUUGCCGCCAAUUGGGAUUUGAAGACGUAAUGGGUGACAUUACAUUUUACGGGAGACGAAGGCGGACACCACUUUAUGGGAAAGGAAAAGGACCGGUCUGGCUUAGCAAAGUACAAUGCCAUGGCAACGAAAGCAAUCUGUCAGAAUGCGUGAUUGUCAGUCCCGGGGAAAUUCUUUGGUGCUCACACACAGAGGCACUGGAACUCAUGUGUCGUCCUAAAAAUUAUAGAGCACGUAAGUUGAUUAGUAGGUAGAGGUAAGUGAUCAAGGGGAACUAAUUCGCACGGGAAUUAGUCCUUGCCAACUAGUUAAGACACAAAUUUAAAGGAAAAUAUGUCAAAAACAGCAAAGACAAUCUUAAACUAUGUAUAGCUCCAUUCAGUUCUCAACUGAUGAAUGGACACCCCGCAAGACGCCGACACUACUGUAAGAAAGACACCUUUUUGAGUCAGACUACUCUUUGAGAGAAACACCUCAGUAAGACAGACACCUCAAUAAGAUGGACAGUUCAUUGGACAGACUCCUGAGUAAGACGGACACCACAGUAAGUUAGACGCCUCAAUAGGAAAGACAUCUGAGUGUAAUAGACACCUCAGUGAGACAGGCGCCAUAGUAAGACAGACAUUGACCAUCAGAAGGAGAAUUGGAAUCGCUCCUGAUAAUUCCCGUCGUAGAAAUAUUUAGCUUUAAUACGCACGUUUAAUUUUAUCUACGAUAUAAGCCCGAUGUAAUGAAAUCAGCCAAAACUUUUACAUCAGCCCACAGCACUGAAAUCCGUGAAAUAAUGAUAUACUUUGAUUGAUUAGCUUAUCCGGUCCGCUUGGCUGGAUCUUCUGUGCCGCAUGCUGGGCUGGUUGAAGUUUUAUACAAUGGCACCUGGGGUACAGUGUGCUCCAAUGUGUAUCAGUGGGAUGUAUCCACACCAAACGCAUUAGUUGUCUGUAGACAGCUUGGAUUUGGGCCACCUCUCAGGUCAGUGUGCAUAUAGAAAUGGAUGUAAAAAAUGAACCAAAAAAAGAUCAGGGCUCAGUGGUUUUGUGGAGAACGUGGUGGCUCGUAAUCCGGCAUCUUGGGACCCACUCCGCCUUGACCACCAGAUCGAUUUAUUGCCGGGUAGUCCUUAGUUCUAUUCCACGACUUCACUUGUAAAUAGCCAACUGGUUUGCUUCCUGCUAGUUGGUAGACAACAAGCAGUCUCUCCUUUUCGGCGAAGUCUGUCGUAAAAAAAUCCGUCGAAAAAAAAAGGGGUUUUUUUUAGCGAGUCGUAAGCGCGCCGUGCGGAACAGUGAGAUUGAGGCGUUUGAAAAGUGCCCUUCACUCCCAGACUUCCAUAUGGUGCGCUUGUUUUCUGACACGCGAGUCCGUUCUCGCGAGAACUAGGGACUGCUCGUAAUCUAGCUAAAUGGGGAUAUAAAUAAUUUUACUUUAAUAAUACAAUUUUAUUAUUUUUUGCAAGAUACUUGAGUGUUUUUGUUCAGUGAGCCACAAUAAAAACUAAUGACUCACUGCUAAUUGUGUCACCCUUAUGAAGUUUUUUUUAUUGGAAGAGGGAAGAUUGUUUGUCAAGAAUCAUGCGAAUAAAUGAUUUUCACAAGUUAACAGAAAUUUGAAGUAAAAGAAGAUUGAGAAAUUAAUAACUUGACUGGGAUUGAAACUGUUUUUCCCUGAUACCGGUUGGUUGUCACUUCGAACGAAUCCGCCUCUUUGGCGCGAUUUAAAUGUUAUAAUUUUUUUUAUCACUGCUGUUAUCUCUUUCAAAACGUUGCAACUUACCUUCCUCAUUGGAAAUCAGUUGGGAUCACUGUUAUACUCUUGAGUGACAAAAAAAUCUCUUGUUUCUUCUGCACAGAUCAGCCAGUAGCUGGUUAGCUCCGGUUUUUUCCAACUGUGCAUCACGUGAGCAUGCUACUGGGCCUAUCUGGCUGUCAAACGUCAAGUGCCGAGGAAAUGAAAGUUCUGUAGACCAGUGUCCAAGUCUUGGUUGGGGAAAGACGGAGCGGCAUUGUAGCCACACCUCUGACACUUGCUUGGUGUGCUAUAAUUCACGGUAUCAGAACUCUGGUGAGACACUUUUCUACUUUUUUAUUUUCGUCUGGUUUUUUGAGAAAUAUUUCAAUGCAAAUUUGCUUUGUGCUCCACAGAAGUAAGACUCGCAUUGAUCAACGAGGUGAUUUGCCGUCAGCUCACCAAAGCAAGGCACUUUCUGGGUGUCAGGGAUAUCAGGGGUUGUAGCUGACAGCGCCUCCGCUUUUUGCUGACUCGACAUCAACAACAAAGACAGCAACAACAUUUUACGAUAUUCAUAGUUUUCACGCGAUGAGCUUGAGAGAUUUUGGCCGUAAACCAACCGUGACUCACAAAAAGCUCCUUUGCGAAUGCAUCUUCUUGUUGACGGGAGUUAUGAUUGGAAGCAUGUCCUUUUAUUCUUGUUCAUUUGUUUGUUUUACAGAAAUUGCUUUGGAGCUUACUGGUUCCCAAGUUCCUUACGCCGGCCGCGUCAAAGUACGCUACCAAGGGGUGUGGGGCACGUUUUGUUCCGACGAAUGGCAACAUGAGAUUGCUGAGGUGAUUUGCCGUCAGCUCGGUUUUGAUGGCGUUGAACUGGACUUAACUUUGAACAACAUAGACGAGUAUAACCGGCCUAGAAUAUAUGACGUGGGCCCGGGCCCGGUUUGGUUUCGCAGCUCUGGAUGCAAAGGUCAUGAAAAAAAUUUGUCUGAGUGUGACCUCACUGAGGACAGAUACUGCUUAGAAGAUAACGUGGAGCUUAUUUGCAAAAUGGAAAAUGUUUCUGUCAAUGGUAAGCGGUUUCAAUUUGUCAGGAUGUGUUGUAACGUCAAAGAAAGGUUAAUUGGUGGGGUCGUGCGAGUUGAUUGAACAAUACCGCGGGAGCUUUUUUAAUUAGUUUCCUUUUCUUUGAAGCUAAGCGACAAGGAGUAUUAUCUCAAGAUGCCAGUCCAUCGCAGUUUGACAGUUUUCUGUAACUCAUUUAUAUCACGGGUUUCGAUAAAAGCCGAUUACUGGCGGUCUACCGCCGCCCACAGAAUCUCUCACAACCGAUAAGGCUUUUAGACCUAAUUCCAAAACGGCAGCUGCCUCACAUGGUCUGGAUCGAGUUGCAUGAGAACGAGGCAUCGAAAGCCACGAUUUUAGACCAGUUUAGCACGCUCUUGUGUUUGGGUUUCGCCUUACGGUCCCCUUUCUGAGCGUAACCACUAAGAGAAAAAGAUAGUGAAACCCCUGUUAACACUCAUGAGUCGAGAGGCACUCUAAGGGUAAACCGUCUCGUUCAAGAACAAAACACGAUGAUCAGCCUUGAUUCAGACUCAGACGGUUAGGUGGUGCAUUCAGCACGUUAACCAUGAUCCCCCCCCCCUCAAAUUAACUAAACUGAACCGGUUGGUUUUAAAUUGCAUUUACGGUAUGCUCUUCAAAGAAAUCAAAUUUUUUUCGCCGGGGCGGCCCUUCACUGAUGAAUAUACACAAUCCAGGGUUGUCCUUUCUGGUUUACUCUUAUUCAUUUGUUUUAUUAGGAAAUUCAGAUUUAUUAGAACAUUCUUAAACUUCUAUUUCCUCCAGAAUUCGCUGUCAGGCUCCAUGGAGGAAGCCAUUCAAACGAGGGCCGAGUGGAGGUUUUCUAUGGUGGCCUCUGGGGCACUGUAAGGACCUCCAAAUGGGACCUUACAGACGCCAUGGUUUUUUGCCGUCAGCUUGGUUUCCCAAAAGCUCAAGCCACUUCAUAUAAACAAAACGACCUAUCCAAGCAAGUGUUUUGGUUCAGUAAUUUUGAAUGUGACGGAAGUGAAGCCACGUUAGGGCAGUGUAAGCACACUCGGUUAGGAAAGGCCCUGUAUAAUGACGACGAACCUUUGGAAGUCUUUGUGCGCUGCGCGCCGGGCACGGCGAACAACACUUCCAAGUUCUUUCCCACACCAGCUGCAUCGAUUGCAGGCUUAAAGACCACCAGUGUAACUUCAAAACAGGUGCCACCGAACACUGCGAACCAUGUACCUAGCCAAACUUAUACCUCUCAAGGUCCUUUGUCUACCUUAGCACCAUCCACCACAGGCCCUCCCAUUAGUUGCCCUAGAAAUAGGUGCCAAAAUGGCGGCUCAUGUGAGCUGGCGGAGAGGUCAUGGGAAUGUCGCUGUUUGGAAACGUUUUCUGGGGACUACUGCGAAGUUAACGUUGGUAAGUUUAUGGAGAAAUUAUAUUGUCGUCAGAUCCGUAAUGAAACUUGCCAAUUGUUACCUGGACUAGAAACCUCACAGACCUCCCGCAGCUCAGGCUGUCAAAUUUCAAGAAUCUUAGCACAAGUGUGAACGCAAAUGGUUUGAUCACUGGUACGCUUCUCAGUGAAUAAUCAUUAUAACCGCUUAAUAAAACGCCACUAGCUAAUAUUUAUUAAAUUGAAUCGUUCUUCAAGACAAAACUUUGAUUAGUAUAAAAUAACGAUUCAUUAGUAAAUAUAAGAGAAUAUUAUAUCUGAUGUACUGACGCACGACCUUGUAACAUUUUCAUUUUGAAUUUCUUGAUUUGUAUAUAUUUCAGGAAGUAAUGCAGUCUCGAUGAUCUUGAAAAUGACUUUAAAUCAAGUGAGUGACAUGUCUAAAUACAUUUAUUAAUCCAUUUUAAGUUGUUAUGUAAGGAGCCCAUUGCAAGGAGCCUCCAUACAAAUUGUACCCUUGAGUCAACCUUGUCCCGUAUCUUUUUAUUUUUAGAACUGAAAUAUGUGGGGGGUUCUUUAAUUUCUCGCGAAAACACGCUAACGUUCGCAUAAUUGAAAUACUUUCGUGCGGUCUGUAUGUGACGUAAACAAUAGAGGACCACAGCUCUCUUAUGGUUGGCUAUUAUGUAAACACCCGCGAAAAACCCUGUGGGAAGUGCUUCUUAAAAUAAUAAGAUACGGACUCAGAGGAUAAUUAUGGAAGAUGGAAGCUCCGGGUAACGGGCUCCUGAACGUUAUGUCCUUUGAAAACAAAUGAAAUUUGCUGUAUAUUUCUCUUUCUUUUUCCUAUUUUUCUAAGUGGAAACCUUUCGACUUUAAAAAGACUCUAGCUGAUCUUUUAACAAGCCAUUGCAAGUUGAACUCGUGUCUGGCUAAGGGAAAGUAAGUAUAAUAAUACGUAAUCAAAAACAAAAGCGAUAAUAAAUCCAUGUAACGAAAUAAAAUGGUUUUCUUUGUUUCAAUCUCAUCCUCCAAAGGUAUUUCCGUCAAGUCAAAGAGUAUGUACCAAUGCGAAAAUGGUGCUACCCUAAGUUAAACUAUGUAACCAAUUAUUUCAAAGGGGGAGGGGAGGGAAAGGCAGAAAAACUGUAUGUAUAGGAAACUGCGGUUAAAAUACCUUAAUGAAUAGUUUGCUUAUUUCAAAGUUAUAACUUUCCUCUACGCUGGCUUUCAUGGCCGUCUCGCACAACACGAGUUGAACGUGCUGAUAAAAACGAAAAUGAGAAUAUUGAGAAAUUUUUUAAACCAUUUGGUAGCGAAAGAUUUGGCGAUAAAUAUUAAAUUUAAUGAAAUUCCAUGGCUAACCUUUCUUGGUUGCCUGAAUGACUUUUAAAAAUUUUACGUCUGUUACUUUCUCAUCUUUAAAAACAGACAAACAGAUCUUUACUUUCUUCCUGACUUGCUUUGAAUGGCCUUUAGUCGCUGAGCCAUUUCGUUUGAACAAUGUUCUCCAAUUUUUCAGGAAAUUAAGAACGAAACGCCUGAUAAAUUCUCCCAGUUUCCGACCCGAUGAUGUCAUAAUUCUCCAGGGCUACCCUAAACAGGUGCAGGGUACAAGUCUCUUGAAUGUAAGGCUGGCCGUGAAGAUGCCUGGGGAUAAUAACAAUACCGUGAUUUCGCGUGAAGGAUUGCACCGUUUGCUGGUGAAAGUAGCGCCGGGAAUUCAUCGGCGCCUGGGUCAUGAAGUUGCUUAUAUCGAUAAAACAGAUGUUCACUCAGCUCCAAUUUCUUCGGUCCAACCAUUAACUGCUCCUGCUGUUGGCCGCGAGUCGAAUGGGCGUGAGUUUUCCACGUCUCACAGCUCCGCGUUGAUAGCGCUUGGUGUUGCUCUUGGAAUUGUGAGUCUUAUUGCCAUCAUUAUGAUCAUCUUGUACUAUCGGAAGGUAAAACGGUGA